AUGAGUAGCCUUUCCCGGCCGGCAAACUCGCGACAGGCACGCCCCCGAAACAUGGCCAAGCUGUCGAAUUCGCUCAAGGCCCUCAUCAACGCGCCGUUUGCGCGGCCGGGCCCAACUCCCGCGCCAGCAGUCAUGAGAGACGUGUUCGGGAGCAUCGCCAGAGACGCGGCGCAAAACAAGAUUGGGACUCGGCCCUGGCUGGCCAUCUCCACAGCAGCCACCUUUACGCUCAACUCGCCCGACUGCCUCCCCAUCCUGCACGCCAUCGCCUCCUCGCAGCGAGAUCAGAACCAGGUCCAAACGGCAGACUUCAUGCGCGAGGUUGGCCUCAAGUGCAUCAGCUUCAACGGCAUCCCCCGCACCAUCAACUGCCUCAACGCAUUCUACGCGGCCCUUCCCGAGGCCGUCUCCUCGCAGCUCUCCGCCUCGCCGUCACGGGCGCCGACUCCCUCCAGCUUGGGGGACAUUGCUGCACGCGGCCGCCGGCUGUGGGAUUCGAUAUACGCCCCGUUUGAGAAUAAGCUCGUCGACAGGCUGGCGCUGUCGCACCCGGAUCUGCCGGUACACAUAUUGAACAGUCACUACGGGCCGCUCCUGUCAGACCCCGUGGAGAAGAAUGGCCCGGCGAGCACGGGGCGGGUCCUGACGAGCAUGGUGGCUGUCGCGUGCUUGAGGGCCCAGACAGGCGUCGGCCCGCAGGUCCUGUCGCAUGUGUUUGGGCUGAGGAAGGCAUGGGAAGAUGGGAGCUGGCAGGAGAAGGAUGGCGAGAGCGAAGAGGUGGUGGAGUGGCUGGCAGGCGACGAAGGCUUGGAGUGGGUUUUGCGCUCCGUGGAUCGGAUCGCCGAGGGACUGGGGUCGAGUUUUGCGCCUACGAGGGCGGCCAAGUUGUAG